CAAGUGGAAUAGGUGCCGCUGUUGCUGCUUGUGUUGAGGCCAGAACCACAGCCUGACAUGGGGCUAGAGGACGAGCAAAGGAUGCUGACCGGGUCCGGAGAUCCCAAGGAGGAGGAAGAAGAGGAAGAGGAAUUAGUGAUAGGACUGAGGCUUUCAGUGCAUACUGGCAACCCUGGAAGGCAGGAAUGUGAAACUUUCCCCUACUACUUAGCAUCAGAAUUAAAUGGGAGACCCCAUUCUGCUCUUACUGGCGGCAGUGUGGCUCUGCCAGCUGGCCUUCUGCACGGAUCCUCUAACAACAGUGAGAGAGCAGUGCGAGCAGCUGGAGAAAUGUGUGAAGGCUCGGGAGCGGCUAGAGCUUUGUGAUGAGCGUGUAUCCUCCAGGUCACAGACAGAGGAGGACUGCACAGAGGAGCUCUUUGACUUCUUGCAUGCAAGGGACCACUGUGUGGCCCACAAACUGUUUAACAGCUUGAAAUAAGUGUGCAGAUUUGUUCAACCCAGCCUUCAUCACCUGGGCAUUGGGAUAUUUCCUCAUGGUUUUGAACAUGAUGUUUAUUUGUGUAACUAAGUUCACGUGAAUCUCAAGGAUUUUGGCUUAGGCAAGUAAUUUCUGUGUAAUUAUCAGUGAUUUCAUCUUAAUAAAGUCCAAUGAUCAGCA